AUCACCACCAUCACCACCACCAUCACCACCACCAUCACCAUCACCACCACCACCAUCACCACCAUCACCAUCACCACCAUCACCAUCACCACCAUCACCACCAUCACCACCACCAUCACCAUCACCACCAUCACCACCAUCACCAUCACCACCAUCACCACCAUCACCACCAUCACCACCACCAUCAUCACCACCAUCACCACCACCACCAUCACCACCAUCACCACCAUCACCAUCACCACCAUCACCACCAUCACCAGCACCAUCACCACCAUCAUCACCACCAUCACCACCACCACCAUCACCACCAUCCCACCAUCACCACCAUCACCAUCACCACCAUCACCAUCACCACCAUCACCACCAUCACCACCACCAUCAUCACCACCAUCACCACCACCACCAUCACCACCAUCACCACCAUCACCAUCACCACCAUCACCACCAUCACCAGCACCAUCACCACCAUCAUCACCACCAUCACCACCACCACCAUCACCACCAUCACCACCAUCACCACCACCAUCACCAUCACCACCACCAUCACCCACCAUCACCACCAUCACCACCAUCACCACCAUCACCAUCACCACCACCAUCACCAUCACCACCAUCACCACCACCACCAUCACCACCAUCACCAUCAUCACCACCACCAUCAUCACCACCACCAUCACCACCAUCACCACCAUGACCACCAUCACCACCACCAUCACCACCACCAUCACCACCAUCACCACCAUCACCAUCACCAUCAACACCAUCACCAUCACCACCAUCACCACCAUCACCACCACCAUCACCACCACAUCACCAUCACCACCACCACCAUCACCACCAUCACCACCAUCACCAUCACCACCAUCACCAUCACCACCACCACCACCAUCACCACCAUCACCAUCACCACCAUCACCAUCACCACCAUCACCACCAUCACCACCACCAUCACCAUCACCACCA